GGAACUUAACGUUCUGUGAACGCUCUCCAAACCUUCCUAGGCAAGCUCGCUGAGAUCCAACUAAAAGGGCUGCGUCUGUGUUUGAAGCAGACAGAGGGAGACAGGAGCACACAACAGUCGCCAGAAGAUGGGGCCACAACUCGGCUGGGGCUGGGUGCCGGAGCCGGGCUGACCUUUCCACGUGUCCUCAGCACCUGCGAGGCUAGUGGGGCAUUAGGUUUCCUUUUCCCAGGAGCGGGCGCGAGCCCGGAAGAGGCUGGGCGGCGGCGGGCUUAGGGCAGAGAGAGGUGGGAGGCCCUCCCUCUGAACACGUGUGGCGGGGGAGCAGCUGGUGCGGAGGCUGACCUGGUCGGCAGGCACCGGCCCGCCCCGCGCGUCCCCAGCCCGCCGGCGGACGCCAGAAGGCUGACGGCGGCGGCAGGCGGGUCUCGGAGCUUUUCGGCCUGCUUUGCUGGGCGGCCUAAGCGAGCGCGCCAGGCCCGGCUGGAGCGAGCCCCAGUGCAAUACUGCCCGAGCCCGGGCGGGGUCUCUGUUCUCUGGCAGAGGAGGUCCCUUGGCAGCGGGAAGCUCCCUCUCUUUCUCUUGCCGCCGUUCGGAGUCUGCGCCCUGGUGCCAGGCGCCCAGAUCGGCGCUCCCCUGUGCUCGCCCGGCGCCCACUCAUUUGCAGCCCAGCCUUCGCCGCCGCCGCCUCCCCGCUCCUCCUCCUGGUUGUCUCCCCAGCCCGCCGCGGUCAUGGCGGACAGCGCCAGCGAGAGCGACACGGACGGGGCGGGGGGCAACAGCGGCAGCUCGGCAGCCAUGCAGUCGUCUUGCUCGUCGACCUCGGGCGGCGGUGGCGGCGGCGGGGGAGGCGGAGGCGGCGGCGGCGGCGGGGGAAAAUCGGGGGGCAUUGUCAUCUCGCCGUUCCGCCUGGAGGAGCUCACCAACCGCCUGGCUUCGCUGCAGCAGGAGAACAAGGUGCUCAAGAUUGAGCUGGAGACCUACAAACUCAAGUGCAAGGCGCUGCAGGAGGAGAACCGCGACCUGCGCAAAGCCAGCGUGACCAUCCAAGCCAGGGCUGAGCAGGAAGAAGAAUUCAUCAGUAACACUUUAUUCAAGAAAAUUCAGGCUUUGCAGAAGGAGAAGGAAACCCUUGCUGUAAAUUAUGAGAAGGAAGAAGAGUUCCUCACUAAUGAGCUCUCCAGAAAAUUGAUGCAGUUGCAACACGAGAAAGCUGAGCUGGAACAGCAUCUCGAACAGGAGCAGGAAUUCCAGGUCAACAAACUGAUGAAGAAAAUUAAAAAACUGGAGAACGAUACCAUUUCUAAGCAGCUUACAUUGGAACAGUUGAGACGAGAGAAGAUCGACCUUGAAAACACCCUCGAACAAGAACAGGAAGCACUAGUUAAUCGUCUCUGGAAAAGGAUGGAUAAACUUGAAGCUGAAAAGCGAAUCCUGCAGGAGAAAUUAGAUCAGCCGGUCUCAGCUCCCCCAUCGCCUAGAGACAUCUCCAUGGAGAUCGACUCUCCAGAAAACAUGAUGCGACACAUCAGGUUUCUAAAGAAUGAAGUGGAGAGGCUGAAGAAGCAACUGAGAGCUGCCCAGCUACAGCAUUCUGAGAAGAUGGCACAGUACCUGGAGGAGGAGCGUCACAUGAGGGAAGAGAACUUGAGGCUGCAGAGAAAGCUGCAGAGGGAGAUGGAAAGAAGGGAGGCCCUCUGUCGGCAGCUCUCCGAGAGCGAGUCCAGCUUAGAGAUGGACGACGAAAGGUAUUUUAACGAGAUGUCUGCCCAAGGAUUAAGACCUCGCACUGUGUCUAGCCCGAUCCCUUACACACCUUCUCCGAGUUCGAGCAGGCCCAUAUCACCUGGUCUCUCAUAUGCAAGUCACACGGUUGGUUUCACGCCACCCACUUCCCUGACUAGAGCCGGAAUGUCUUACUACACUUCCCCAGGUCUCCACGUGCAGCAUAUGGGAGCAUCCCAUGGUGUCACGAGGCCUUCACCGCGGAGAAGCAACAGUCCUGACAAAUUCAAGCGGCCCACACCGCCUCCGUCUCCCAACACACAGACCCCUGUCCAGCCACCGCCGCCUCCGCCUCCGCCACCCAUGCAGCCCGCGGUCCCCUCGGCAGCCACCUCGCCGCCCGCCCCCUCGCCACAUUCGGUGCACCCCUCCUCCCAGCCUUAAUGCAUGUGCUUAGUCCGACUGUCACGUGGGGACUCGUACAGUGGAGCCGUCUCCUCGACGCCAAAGGCUUCCUUCCCUGGCAUAUUUGGAUCUGACUUAUUUGCACUGAGGUUAUGUAGGCUUCACUCUUCAUUAUGUUGUAAAUGUUUGUCGGCAACGCAGCCAGUGUCGUGGGUCUACAACACUACACGACGACUUUUUUCCAUCGGUGUUUUACUUGAAUCUACACGUACGUCCAUUCCCUGGCUGGAACAUUGGCUAUUCGAUGUUUGGUAGUUCAGCAGCGGUGUGCAAUUUUCGCUUGGCCCCAGAGCUUCAUUCCCCUGGCCUGUAGGUUUGUAAAAUAAAAAAGGGAUAUCUUUUUAUAUUUUCCCCCCAUGAAUUGGCAGAAUAUUACUGAGCUGUUAGGCCCCCUUCCCCCCAUUAUAAUGGUAUUUCCCAAACCUACCAAUAAUUCAGCACUACAGUCCAGACCUUUGAGGAUCUAGCUUUCAGUCUAGAAUGGGAACUUAGCUGGAUCCAUGCCCAAGCCAAUGUUUAAUAGAGCUUUCUACAGAUACUCUUUGUCUAGGUUAUUUUCAGUAUAUAUCACCAUCCGCGUGUCUCUUGUAAAACAGCCUGAAGUAACGGGUCACAUGGCUGUACCUUUGGAUAAUUGUGCAUCAAGGUAUGAUUCUUUCUUUAUCCCUGAUGUUAAUCUACCCAAACCGGCCCCCUCUCACGUGAGGUGGUAAAGGUUGUCCCACCCACCAGUGGUUGCGAUGGCUGAUGAGAACGUGCUAUGUGGUUUCUGCUGCAGAGGGCAGUGUGGCUGUAACAGAAACAGUGGUCCUCCCUUUGCAUUCUUUACCUGUGUGUCCCGAAAACAGAGUUCGAACAAAUAUUUUAAAGGUGCAGAGUACUAUUAGAAAAUACUAUUUGAAAUGAACCUUAUAGGAAUAUCUUGGCAUAAUGGCCACAAAAUACUUUAUUGCUUGGCAGAAAAGAGGUAUAGAGGAAAGUAGCACAUUAGCAUUGAAGACUGCUUGUUUCGCCCAGUGAAGGCAAGUGCAGUGUACAAAGAAGUAUAAUAUCCUGAAUGCGUUAUUUCCAUUCAUUCAGCACAAAUAAAUCGUUUGGUUUCACUUGGAAGUGGAACACCGUGAGUCACUCUUUUCUUAACACUUGCAACAUCUUUAUUUUUGCUUUUCAGCAGUUACUGUUUUGUACUUUGGUAGUAAAGUGAUUAUUACCACCUGUGUUCGCAUAUUUAUAUAUGCUGUGGAUGAAAAUAACUUACUAGAGAAUGUAUAUUUUAUGAUGAGAAUGUGUAUCUGUUGAAUAUAAUCAGAGAACUGAAAAUUAAUUUAUCCGUAAUUUUGCAGACUCCAUGUUUUGUGACAGCAUCUCUGAUAGCUAGCCCUUUCUUGAACAUGCUCAUAAGCAUAAGGAACCAUGGCAUUGUAGAUACUUAAUACUGUACAGUAGAGAAACCUCCAUUUUUGCCUUUGAAUGCAUAUUUAAGAGUUACAGAAUGAAACAAAAGUCUUGUUGGAUAAUAGCGUUCAACUAGAAGCUUAAGAAUUUGAGAGUAAAAGCAACAAUAGGAUUUUUCAGCUCUUUCAGCUUCCGGCCCCCAAACUGAGAGUGUCCCUCCUCCAUUGUUUGAAAGAAAUCGUAGGUCUGCAUCUGUUUUAUUUAUGAUGUGUAAUAUACAUAAUCAUCGUCUGGUUCUCAAAUAUGGGGAAGAAGUGUUUGGCAUUUAAUUACUGAGGCUUGAGGCUUUUAAUUCGAUCAGACGGGGUUCUAGCCAACAGCUCACUGUCCUCCUGGUACCUGGCCCUUCUGAGGAAUUCUGAGAGCCGGCCAGCAAAUGCUGCCGCGUUGGUACAGUUCUCUUUUUCCUAUAGGAGAAAUAUGGUACAUGUUUACAAGAAUCUUCCACGAGACGCAGCGCUGUUGGAUAGUGUCUUGUACUCAAGCAAGAAUGUCCACAAGGUAACGCUGUUCCCUUCGCUUGCUGGCAAUUUAGAGACUCCCGAAAGCACAAGAGAGAAUGUGGCCAUGGGGUGACUGAAAAAGAUCUGGGAGUGAGCAGACAGUUGCUGACAAAUGCCUUUUAGAGACAGGUUGUUGACAUCCAGACCUCUGCAGAAAUGUAAUGCUGGUUUCCCCAGACUCGUUAUUUCAUUGCAGAAUAAAACACAGCUCCUUCAAACAGUACCUUUUCCCCAUAAAUUAGUUGCCUGUCCGGGCAGUUGUUCUGGAUUGAUAGUACAAACACUACUCUUUGGAAUCUCUGCUGGUUCGUGUCCUAUUCGAGUGUUUAAGGCCCUCGUGUGGAGCCUGUCACAUUUGGGCAGUACCUGCUAGGGGCAGUUCCUUCCUUGGCCAUUGUUCAGCCCCAAGGACCCCGAAGAUUCAGAUCCCAAGGCCAGAGAGGCCAAAGCCCGCUUGCCCACAGGAAGCUGCCCCUCAGGGGCUGAAUGCGGUUCCUGCUGUUGCCCUUCCCCGCCCCAGGUAACCCCUCCUGCCUCCCAGAGGCCCUGGAAGGCAAGUGGGAGCAACAGCAGGUUCAGUAGCUUCACUUGCCUGUCUUGCUGACAGAGACCAUUGGCUACACACUGUGCUGCUAACAGGAUCAGACCUCAUCGCCAGAUUACCAUGCCUUUUAUACGAAACCAAAUUACUUUCCCUAAGACCCGCCACCCCUCUGGGCUCUGAACUGAUCGUUCUCAUCAAUCAUGCUGGCAUGCUAGACCAAAUUCUAGAACUUUGGCAGAGGGUGGAAGUAUUAAAGAUUUGAUUUGACUUGCUCCUUUGGGAAUGGAAAAGGAGUUUUAAAUUCUGAGCUCCAGAGAGACUGAGCCCAACCAUGGGAUGAAUGUGUGACCAGAAUGUGGCUUUGACACCAAGUGCUGCUGCCCCUUUGUCAUUGGCUUCUGAUUUGACCAAAAUAACUUCCAAUGUGAAUUUUUGUUAACUGUUCAAUUGUAGGAAAAUAGAGUAUGUAUCACCCUUUGUUAGGCAGACAUGAACUUUUCCCGCACAAAGCCUUGCUUGUAGAGGAGGCCCAAAAAGGCAAGAAAAAGCAUAGUAACUUGUGCUUUCAGAGCUCAUUCAAUAUUUUAAAUCUUAUCAGUAUGGAAGAAAGAUUUCUGUGUAACCUGAUCUUUUAUCUAGUAUUUGUCUCAUAGGUAACCAACACUUGAGAACUUUGUAGUAAUGACUACCAAAGAAAUGCAUAGUAAAACAACCUUUUAUUUCCAAAUUAUUAAAGAGCCAGCCAUUGACGCUGCUACCUGAGUUCCAUGCUCAAGAGCCAUUGUAAGAGAUUAAGAGGUUUUUAGGUUUGGGGUGGGGGGCGUUGUUUUGGGUUUUUUUGUUUAUUUUUUUAAGUUUUCCUUUCCUUUUGACUUUUUUUUUUUUUUUUUUUUGAUAAAACACACACACACAGUUGUUAGCAUAAAAUUCCAGGGAGCAUGCUUCAGAAUGCUUGGUUGUAGUUAACUGCCAAGCCCUGGUUGCCUCAUACUAGGCAAUGGAAGGAAUCCUAUGUUCAUGAUAGAGUGAGUGCUGUGUAUAUGUGAGAGAGAGAGAGUGUGUGUGUGUGUAUGUGUGUGUGUGUGUAUUCAUGCCUUAACUUGGGUUACUGCUCAACUUAGUUCUUGACUUCGUCUGCACCGUCAUCUAGAUUGUACUGUACAUCUCGAUCUGAACUUCAUCCUGGCAAAAAAACAAAGUUGCGGGCACAACAGUUUAAGAAUGCAUUCCUCCAGAAAAGCGUUUGAUGAGGUUGACCCUGAGCCGCCUUUGGACUUUCUUUGGAGCUAGGCAUGGAAAGCAAAAGUGGACUGUCCCAUGGAAAGACAUCGACAAGGAAGAGAGGAGAGCCGAGUGCUAGCGUGUCUUUUGCCUCUGCCUAUCUGUACACACUGUAUGUCGUUCAUGAUAUAGCUUGUCUACAACUUGACUAGGUCGGAGUUCUGGUAAUAGUGGCAAUCUUGACAUUUCUUGGUCAGAGUUUAGAGAGAUGUAAGACUUCCAAUUAAUGUCUUAUUUACUUCUUUAUGUUGAUUAGUCUUUGAUACAUGUGCUGAAUCAGAAACCUAAAUAAAGAUAAUUUUUUAAAAUGAA